CGUCGAUACUUUAGUCAGUUUCCGCUUCCUUUAAAAGCCGCCAGAUUUGUCGAAAUUGUUUUCCCAGCAGACUCGAAAGCACCGGCGGCCGAUUCAAUAUCGUAUGAUGCAAAUUUCUAGUUAGAAAUUUUUAGUUGCAGUUCCGUCUGAAUCCUCUGUGAGUAAAUUCUACUUGUAGUUUUCGAUUUCCAUUUGGCGCUCGACCUGAAAAGUUAAGGAUUACAGAGAUCGACUGGUUGUUGCAAGGGAUUUGCCGACAUUUGCAACAAAGGUACAGAGUAGGCAUGAACUUGUCUCUGAGUGACAUUAAACAGGUCAGGAAUACAUUAAAAAGAGCACCGCCACCAAGGGCUCCAGUGAGCCCUUCCACGGAUCAAAAUGGAGGUAACAAUGAUGCUGUAUCGGUGGAAUCUGUCAGACAAAGAUUUGAACAAAAACGAGUACCACCGCAGAAGCUAAAUUCAACCCCAUCACCAAGUCAAGAUCAUGGCAAACCCACAGAGGAAAAGGUUUUAUCUGUAGCAUCGGCAAGAGCAAAGUUUGAACAAAAACAGAAACCUGUUAAUAGGGUUCCUCCUCACUGGAAGCAAAGUGAUGGGAACCAGUCCAAAACAGGCUUACUUAGAUUGGAUAAGAACAGUAAUGCCAGUGGGCACAAGAACAUGGAACCACCACGCAAGGAGCUACCCAACGUUUAUAGAAUUGGUGCAGCUCCACCCAAACCUGCCAAACCAAAAAACCUAAGGUUCAUGCUGAGAAAAUACAAGGACAAGAUCGUUUUAUCAAAAUGCCUAACCACUUCGAUUCAGGCAUCCACUAAAGAUGACAAAUAUGAGGACACUGAGGAAAUAUAUGACGACACUGAAGAAUUAUAUGAUGACGUGGAAUCUGUGCAACCAAGGAACGGGGAUGACCAAUCAGAUGACAUUUAUGAAGCUGUUUAGCUUGGGACUUGAAUUGUUUUUACCGUCUUCUGUGUGGCCAGUUGUGGUGGAUGAGGUCACAGUCAAACUAAAAGAAAACUAUCAAUCUUGAUGAUAAUUUUAUUAAAAUUUAUGCGCUAUUUUGAGAGAAUACUGAAAUGAACUUCAAAUUUAUAGGCUUUAGUUCAUCUCCACCUCAAAUUGUGGGUGAACAUACUGGAGUAAACAAGUAUAAAGACAAAAGGUGUUAUAGUAAAACUGACUGAAUGUGCACGAGUCAUUUACCUUAAAACUAUUUUGCUGUUUAAUUUCAUUUUUCGAUGUAAAGCUUUCAAACUGGCUAUUAACUAGACUAUAGACAGCUGCCUAACUAUACAUCGUGGUAAUAUCAAAAGAUGUAGCAAAAAGAUAAUUUAACAGUCAUAUUUUUGGCGAAAAACGAACUAAAAUGUAUUUGUAUUAAGAGCAUAGGUUUAUAACGAAAAUGUGGUGCUGUGUCGGUGGGGGGAAUAUUACACCAUUUAGUUUUAUCGACAGAGUACAUAAGUAGUUUUUAAAGUUCUACAGUGGCCAAUGUACAUCAUCAUUAUUAUUAUCAAGUUGGUAAAUAAUGGUAAUUGAACUGAGUGGAGUGCAAUUUGGUCUGGGAUCAUACGCGUGAUUUGCGAUCACAAGUAUGAUUUUAGACCAAAAUUGUAUGACAAGAUGUUCCAUCACCACUUUAUUGCAUUUUUUUGAGAUCGUAAAUUCAAUCCCCAAAACAAGUUUCGCCAUUUUGGUUUGUAAAAUAUUUCAUUGAUUCAGUAUAUUAAAACGGUUUGUAGAGAGUUGCAAAAGUUGUCUCUCAUUGUCCUGAAAUUUGACUGAUUUCUAUAAUCAAGCCUCAGCUCAAAUUUGAGUGGUUGUUGUGCUUUAGAAAAGCUGCGAUCUAGAGCAUAAAAUGGUGCAAUUUGUGAAUAAAUCGCACCAGUGAAAGCCAAUCAGAUUACAAGGAUCACAACUGAUUCAAAAUGGAUAUAAUAAAACCAAACGUAAAUUGCUAUUCAUCAAUGACAAGUCCAAGAAACUCCAAAAUUAUGCCGGGUCAUGUUGCAAUAUAUGUGGUGAAGGCGUUUUCACGGGUACAGGCUCCACUUGGAGAAAAACGUAAUACUAAUGCAUUUGCUCAUGUGUAAGGCUGGGUUCUAGAAAUGCGAAAGAGGACCCAACCGAAAAAACUAAAAACAAACAGACACAGAGUUGACAGCCUAAUCUAAAAACCUAGCUACAUUACUAUUCAUUGCAAUCGGAUCCCUGAGGGAAAUUAAGCAAUGUAAUACGUCAAGUUUAGAAAUUUUAAAAGGUUUAGAGUCCAACGACAACUUUCCAGGCUCGUUUCCUUUUAGCCGGUCGUUGAUGCGAGCUGGGACUG